CGUGUUCCAGCUUUCCACACAGCCGAGGAGAUAAACCAUCUGUGCGGAAAUACAUUGUGUUAAGGACGGACACGAGAAACAAUUUAAACGGAGUGACAUGUCGCCUUCUUGUGCUCAAACAACUAAGUGAUCCAUCUUUUCUAACGUAGACGAUCUUCGGCGGAGCUAGCCGGCUAACUACUAGCGCAAAGAGACGCCAUUAGUUAGGUGAAAAGAAGGCAUUCGCAUUAGGCUGAAAGGGGAAGUAGCUCACUGUUUAGACACGUUUCCCUCACACUUGUUGGUAGAUAUUGAUACAAGUGAGAUUCGCUUAUGCUGUCGAAGUGUUUUGUCCUGAUUUUAGCUGUUUUUGUAAAGUCGGAAGCUGAUGUGAGCUACGCAGGACUUGAGUUCCGACGGGGUUAGCAUUAGCAGUGCUAGCUUGAUAGCGCUUGUUUUGAUAAAUCCGAGGACUUGUUUUAUAGACUGCCAGCCAUGGCGGCAGGGGGCACGGCCAGCAAAACGUACUCGUUCAAGGUGGUGUUGCUGGGGGAAGGCUGUGUGGGGAAGACGUCGCUGGUGCUGCGAUACUGCGAAAACAAAUUCAACGACAAACACAUCACAACUCUACAGGCGUCCUUUCUCACAAAGAAGCUUAACAUCACAGGAAAGAGAGUUAAUUUGGCCAUAUGGGACACAGCAGGUCAGGAGCGUUUUCAUGCGUUAGGUCCCAUCUACUACAGAGACUCCAAUGGAGCCAUACUAGUGUACGACAUCACAGACGAAGACUCCUUUCAGAAGGUGAAGAACUGGGUGAAAGAGUUGAGGAAAAUGUUGGGGAACGAGAUUUGUUUAUGUAUAGUAGGUAAUAAAAUUGAUCUGGACAAAGACAGACACGUUUCAGUGGAAGAGGCUGAGAGUUACGCCGAGUCGGUGGGGGCCAAACAUUACCACACAUCGGCCAAGUUAAACAAAGGCAUCGAGGAGCUCUUCCUGGAUCUCUGUAAAAGGAUGAUGGAAACAGCUCAGGCCGAGGAGAGGUUGAAGGGCAACGGAGCCAGCCAAUCAGCAUCGAGUAGGCGAGGUGUACAGAUCGUCGACGACGAACCACAAGCCACGCCCGCCGGAGGAUGCUGCUCUUCUGGCUAACACACACACACACAGACGAACACACACACACACACACAUCAUAUUCACACACACACAUUCUCGAGUGUCUCUUGUCCAAUCGUUGGUCGGCUCUAAAAUCCUAAAUUAAUCCCCGUUUUUGUUUGCUGUCUCUGCUGCUAAAGAGCAAAUCAUAUUUAAAAUGUUUUAAUCAUUGUUCCCUUCAAAAUAAAAGCAUCUUAUGGUUAAAGCGAGUGCGCUUUCAGCGAUUUAAAUUGGACUAAAAUCACAUUUUCAACUUUGGUUGCUAUAAUUGAAAAAACUAAAGACUCCCGCAGAGGAAGCCUGAAGGCCACUCCACCUCCAGUCCACAGCUUUACUAAGUGACAUUAAUAUCAGAGCUUUAGGACAUAAAAUGACUCAGACGUCAGCAGAGAUUUAUGUUGUUGUUGUUUUUUGGGUUGAAUCUCUUGAGGGAUAAAAUAUACAUCCAGACAUACAAGCACACACUGUAUAAACCUCCAUUAAUCAUAUUUAUCUAAACACAUGAACACCUUUCCUGUUUCAGACCCAGAGGAGCAGCAGGUGGACUGUCUGUGGUGAAACGGCUCCACCUGCUGGAGAAAAGGCAAACUGCAGUAAAUUAAAGGGCACGUUCAGUUUCAGGUCUGAACGUCCUCAAACUGUAAAUAUCACGACUCGGCUGCUCCGCGAGAGAUGAAGGUUUAAAGUUAACACGAGGGUUCAGCAGUCUGACAGUUCAUGGUCUUCCUCAGCAGUCGGCGUUUCCUCAGUGGUCAUCAUGUGACCCGAGGACUGACCUUCAACCAGCUGAGCUGUCCCUGUGACACACUGCACUUCACCUGCUGAGGAAGACCAUGAGAGGGAGGUGAAAGACUGAAAAAGCCAGUAAGUGGACUCGUUGCUGUUGAUGGACGUUAUUGUUCCACGAUGCAGCGAGGCUACGCUAAAGAGACUUAAAGUGAUUGAGACUGUCGACGCCUCAGACACGAUUUCACUGCGUCCUCCAUCUUUAACAAACGUACCUGUUCAGAGCCAGUUAGAGAAGAGGGACCAGCGAAAAACCAGAUCGGACACAAACAGCAGAAACUGAGCGGCUCCACAAAUCACAUCGAGUCCAGAACGUCGGGAAAUGAUUUUCAACAGGAAGUCAGUCUACUGAGCGUGCUCAGUGCGUCCCGGUCAGCGCGGCAGCGAAUCAGGUGCAGCAGGUCAUUCAUCUUCGAACCGGAUCUGAGGUUUUCAACUUCAAAUUCACUGUGUUAAAAUCAUAAAUCACCAAUAACGAGAAAAACUCUGAUCAGAGUGAGUCUGUUGUUUUAUCUUAAUGUUUUAUUUCUCCAAAACCUGAAAAUGUUCACAAAUCAGAAAAGCAGCUGAGAAACUGGAAGACGCUGAUUGAUCCUCAAUCAACUAAUCAAUGAGUCGUCAAAGCUCGGCUGUCGAUCGUCCGCACGUUCAGAGACUUUUAGGAAACUUCUCAAACAUCAGUUGUAAUUUCAUCAGAUUCAGGCUGCAGCAGCUGAAAGAAGAAAAGGUCAAACUGAUGUUUUUAGAUUCAUUUUGUCCUCGAAAGAAAGAAAUCAGAUCAUCACAACAGUCAGUUCAGUCUCUUUGUGUUUGCUGCUGCUCCUUCAUCCUCCUCUUCCUCGACAUGAUUUUAAAACACACACACACACACACACACACACACACCUGGACAGAGAAAUAUUACCGUGCAUGUUUGAUUUCUGUAAAAGGCUUUGUUUGUUUUUCAUUUAAAAGAAAUGGUGAAUAAAAAACUGAGCAGCCGUUAUUUAAUAAGUUAUAUUCACGUGGCGGUGAUGGAAGUCUGUACAUGAACAAAGUUUUCUCUGUACUCUCUACUGUGUACUUUUACUGUUGUUUUCCUCCGGGCCUGUAGCUUCAUUAAUCUCUGCUUACUGAAAAAAACCACAGCGACGCUGUUGGUCGUCCUCGCAGGAUGUUUGAUCUGCCUUUGGGAAUAAUCGACGUACAGCGAAGAAGAGAAACCAGACGCCGCUCUGUCCUGUUCGUUCUGGAAUACUGGAAAAACAUUAAAAUGUGGUUGAAAAGGAAAAAAAAAUCAUCGCACUUUUUGGAAAUGUAAUUUUUUAAACUGCUAGUGUCAAAAGUGUUUUUGUAAAGAUAAUAGAACAAUUAUAACGAUUUACACAAC